AGUCCUCCCAUUUCCGGAAAAUCACAGCAGCAAGAAAAUCAUUUCUUCUUUUCCAAAUUUCGGGUGGAAGAAACAUGGCAACGAUCUCUCUUCCAAGGCUCAUCGUGAUCAAAUCGAAAGCGUACGGAAGUAAAGGGCAUGCUUACUUCAAGGCUGACGGCGCGUCUGUAGUUUUGGGAGAAGAGGAUGUAUUGAGCACGUUGGUGAAGAUUGAUGUGGAGCGUUCUACAAGCAACACCAAAUAUGUCAACCUGAAAUUCGGCUAUUUCAACAGGUACUGGCGCCGCAAAGACAACGACAAAUUCAUCGUUGCUGAAUCCGACCAGCCCGAAGAGGACGUCUCAAAGUCCGCAUGUACCUUGUUCGAGCCCCUCAAGGUUGAUGAUGCCGGCGUGUUCUACUUGAGGCACGUCCAGAGCGGAGGGCGCGUGUCGUUGGAUGCGUCCACCAUGGCCUUUUACGUGAACGAAAAUUCCAUUUCCAGCGAUGACGACAAAAGUUACCUAACUUUUGUCGACUGGAAUACAUUACUUAGAUUGCCGACAAAGGUGGCAUUGAAGGGGGAUAACGGCAAGUAUUUGUCAACAUACGCGAUACCAUUAUUCGAAUUCGAGGAUCCCAACGACGACAAAGCGAUCUACACCGUGGAGAUGCAGCCGGAUGGAUACGUCCGAAUUACAGCCCCCGACGUGGCCUAUGAAGGAUAUGAAGGAUCGUCGUUGGUCGUAGUAAACGGCGAACCUGAAUUCAGGGUAAUGUUCUCGAAAGUCGAGCUGAAUAAGCUAUGGGCUUCCAAAAUCGAUGAAAACUCAAUCGCCCUGCGCAGUACAGCCAACAAUAACUUCUGCCGCAUACGAUCUAUUCCUGCUCUGCCUUACUAUCUAAGCGCGGACGUCCCGACUAUAACCAAGGAAGCCAUACUCAAAGUGGAGGAACCGGUGCUGGCGCGAAAGAUCUAUAACGUUGUAUAUCAGAUGGAGUAUGCUCGGAUUUUUGACGAGGCGCCGUAUUUGGCAGGCUCGGCCACGCUUAUUAAUGAUAAAGAUGAGAUGGCUUCGAUGCAGGCCUUAGUUUCGUAUACAGACGAGAGAUCUUACACUUUCAGCCGGGGCCUGUCGUUGAGUGCAGGGGUCAGCACCACCAUCGAAGCGGGCGUGCCCUUCAUUGAGAAGGCGUCGAUUACGGUGAGUUAUGGGAUAAAUGGGACGUUCCAGUGGGAGGAAACCACAACAACGACGAAGAUGGUUCAAGCCAGUGCCACGGUUCCUGUGCCGGGGAGGACUAGUGUGACGCUUGAUUAUGUGGGAACGAGAGGGACUUGCAAUAUUCCUUAUUAUUACACUCAGGAGGAGAAGAGUUCUGCUGAUGCGCAAAUUUCUUAUACUGAUCUGGUUGAUGGUAUUUACGCUGGCGUCAAUUAUUACAACUUCAACUUUCAUAUUAGAGAUACCAAGUCACUUUGAACUACUUGUGUCGAAAACAUCCAUAACCUUUUGUUCUUACUGUUUGUGUGCUUUCUUUGUUUCAACUUUGGUUUCCUUUUUUUGUGGUUAUGAUAAUAAUUUUCAGAUACAUGUAUGUAUCUGAUGAUCCGAUGUUGCUUCAUAUGGACUAAAUGGAUUUGUAUAUACACUUGUGGUUGAUUUGUAACAAAUAUGGAUGUCUCAGUUAACAA